AUGGGGUCGGUGAAGGAGGGGAGCUUGAAGAAGUUGUGCAGCCACCACGUGGUGCCGUUCCUCGUCGGGGGAAUUCUGCCCAUGGUCCUCCUCUUCGUCUUGGCCUCUGACCGUGUGGGCGAGCAGCUGUCCAGCAUCUCUGGCAACUGGCUGGGGAACAGGAACAGUGGAACUCCCGGGGCGGCGCCUACACCGCUGGAACAUGCGAUCUCGCGCUGGCGCGGUAUAGGAGCUCCCGCGCACCUCCUUGACCACCUCCUGGUCGUCGCCCUCGACCCCGCCGGCUUCCGCCGCUGCGUCGCCGUGCACCCGCACUGCUACCUCCUCGAGGUGACCGCCGUGAACCUCACCUCCGCCGCCCGGUUCGUGUCCAAGCAGUACCUCGAGCUCGUCUGGACCAAGCUCGAGCUCCAGCAGCGCGUCCUGGAGCUCGGCUACAACUUGCUCUUCACCGACACCGACAUGCUCGUGCUCCGGAACCCGUUCCGGCGGAUCCCGGUGUACGCGGACAUGAGCGUGUCCUCGGACGACUACUCGGCGGCGCGGGCGCACCCGCUGGACAACCCGCUCAACACGGGGCUCUACUACGUGAAGGCGACGAGCCGGGGCGUGCGCAUGCUCGAGCACUGGCGGGCGGCGCGGGCGAGGUUCCCCGGCGCGCACGACCAGUCGGUGUUCCACAACAUCAAGCGCGAGCUCGUCCAAAAGCUGGGGGUCGCCAUCGAGCCCCUCGACACGGUCUACUUUGGCGGGUUCUGCGAGUACCACGACGACCUCGCCCGCGCCUGCACCAUGCACGCCGACUGCUGCGUCGGCGUGGACAACAAGGUGCACGACCUCCGGGACAUCGCCGCCGACUGGAGGAGGUACAGGGGCAUGGCGCCGGUGGAGAGGAAGAAGGCGGCCGGGAAUAUGACAUGGACGGUGCCCGCGCGGUGCCGGAGGUCCGUGAACUGGAGUAAGCCCGUGCACCCCUGAUGGCAGCUGCAGCUCGAAUGAUAACUGAUAUAAGUACUACAGUUUUUUAAUUUGUGUCGUCGAGAUUGCCCAGGAUUUAUGUAGACGUACUGAAUAAACUGUUGAGAAAAUACGCCUAGUUCUCAAGAGUUUGAGAGAGGAACAGUAGUGCAGUUUCAGAGGGAGACCCGUCGAGAUUCUUUCAGAAACCUGUCGCAAAUUGCUACUUUGAAUGGAUUCAGA